AUGCAACCGUCUACGCCUAAGCGGUCCAAGGGCGACUGGUCAACCACACAGCAACGGAGGUCCUACUCGACUCCAUCUGCUUUGAUAUUUGGCAGCCCUGAAGACACUCCCGCUUCGUCUUCCUCCUUUGCAUCGUCCAGUUCUACCGGGACAACUCCCAACACAAGUCCUCAGAGACCUUCCCAGCUGCCCAAAAGCCCGUCUUCUCCUACCCCGAGCCGCCGGGGACUUCGAGGGAAACUUGCAAGUCUCACUCUGGGUGCUGCCGAGCGAGUGAGGUCCAUUUCUGGCCGUAUUGAUGACCGAGAACCACCAGUCUAUGCACCUCCAGCGCAGCCUCUGGCCAACCCUCAGGAAAGUCUCAUGGGAUGGAUGGUCGAGCGAAACAACGGUGGAACUCGACCUCAGCAGCGCCAUCCUCCGCCUAGACUUGAUACGAGCAAUUACGGCGUUUCUGCCAUAUCUAACAAUGGGCUUUUGACUCCCGAGCAGACUCCCGAAAGUUCACCUAUUCAGCCUAUUCACCGUGCCAAAGGACGGACUACGAGUUACUAUCAGACUCAACCCUUCAAGUACACCUCGUCGCUCAGAGAGGAUCCGUUUAUUGAUCGGAACCGAAACCGAAUCAAGGAAGUUCAAGAGCUCGAUUUUGAGGAAUUCAAUAACAGUGAGGAUGACUUUUGCCUGUCUGAAACCGAUGUUCAUUCGGAGUUCUCUUCCUCCGCAGAUUCUACCUCUUCUCAGUGCCACAAGGCUCUGCGCAUCCCCGAGAUUCUGUACAAUAUUUUGAGCCAUGUUGAAGCAGACGUUCAGGUGCCCCAUGAGCCUCCGCCACAGAGAAGACGUCCCCUAUCUCUCAGACACGCAUUUCUAAUUUACGGAGACAGGGAGAAGGCCCACCAGGCCUGGGAACGGGCAUUGAAGGAGGAACAGACCCCCACCCAGCAGAUGUUCAAGGGUGACGGUGCGCUACACGGGUGCCUGUUGGUGAAUAAAUUCUGGUUCGAGGUCUCUCGGAAGCUUCUCUACAACAAGUUGCACUUUUGCGACUCUCAGAAGUGGCGUCAGUUUGUUCAUAUGAGCAGUGAUACAGGGUCCCCCGAAGACUUGAUCACUUGGUCUCGUUCUAGUCACCAUCGGUCUCUUUCUCGUUCUACCGGCCAGCCCAAUCUGCAUCAGCUUGCUAACGGUGAGGCUGAAAUGAACGACUACUUUGACACCCCCACCAAGCUAUUUGUUUUGCAUAAGAUCUCAAACGCUCAGCAGAGUGAAAUUGAUCUGCUUCAGCACAAGAUUGGUGGAGCUCUCGAGUGGCUGGAGUUCUACACCUGUGCUGCCAUUGUACCCCCCCUUGGUCUCCUGGCUGGUGGUUCUCUUCAGAAGAUCGUGCUUCCUGGCUGUACCAAAGUUGAUGAUGCAUUCCUGAAAUUGGUUGCUGAGAACUGUCCUCGUCUGCAGAUUGCUGAUCUCCGUGCCUGUGAGAAGGUCUCAAACGAAGGUCUUGUGGCUCUCGCUGGCAAAUGUCCUCAGUUGAAGCUGCUCAACGUUGGUCGAACCCAAAUGGGUCAUCUCAUCUCAUACCGAGGUAUCUCUGCAAUUGCUCGAAAGACUCAGGUUAAUACUUUGGGUGCGGCAGGAUGCUUUGUGUGCGACAAGUCAAUGUGGGAGCUCGCAUGGUACAGAGGCCAUUCUCUAGACCGACUCUCUCUUAACGGAUGCACCCUCCUUACCAAUGACUCUAUCCCUCGUAUCCUUCCCUACACCUCCAACCUGGCUGUCCUUGAACUUCGAGGAUGUACACAGAUCACAGACUUCAAGUCCAUAAUCAAGUUCAAGCGAUACCAGGAGCGCCACAAGCGUGAGCCUCUGAUUGAGGGCUGUGAGAUCUUUGAAUCUCGAAUGCGGGAAGCUGAGUUCCAGCUCGAGAUGGACAUUAGUCGAGAAAUUCUUCGAGACUGUGUCCAGUGGAUUUACGCGCCUGAUCAUGAUCAGGAGAGCGUUCGGGUCAAGCGCAAGAAAGUUGUCCCUAAUUUUGCCUCUACUAGCCGGUUGUCAUUCAUUCCUCACGGUAGUGACGCUGCACGGAAGCUCGCCGCAACGUCCACUCGUGUAGAGUCUUCUUCUAGACACCAUUCGUCUAGACCGUCGCAUUAA